CCCGACGAUCACUACACCCACACACAGACAGAAGUACAAAACAAACAGCAGCCUUCCACCAGAACAACGACGGGUAGAAGGUGCCGAGCUUGCACAUGCUCCAAAAUGUUUGUGUUUUUCCUCCGGAGGGAACAACAAAACCAAACACAGACAGGUUAGGGCAAAAUCCAUGCACGAUGGACCAGGCCACCACCGCCCUCACCUCUUCUACGACUUGGAAAAUCUACGUAUUCAAGGCCUUCAAAUGCUACUUUAGGUGCCACCGCGGGCGCGUCGUCAGCGCUUCCGCAUUUAGACUGCUGCAUGUCCGCACAUACACCUGAAGACAAGAGGAGGCGACGCUCGGGAAAGGGAGAGAACCCGUGUACAGUCGCUGAUACCCCCGUGGGAGAAGGGCCCGGUGGCGGGAGGAGCAUCGCGGAACUGGUCGCGUGGCGACGAAGCUCGAAGGACCGAAGGAACCAUUUCCCCAGAAAAGGACAGAAAAGGAGAGGAACACGUUCGCGGGCAGAGCGAGAAUAGCGGACGAGGGCGGCGGCGGCGGCCGCGGCGAAACCACAGAGAGACUAGGGGAGGCUCAGGAUACCCUCCCCCCUCCGUGCUGAGCUAGCUGCAGCUGGCUUCUUUAGGCUGCUGCUAGCACGCCGCCGUCCAGGCAGCUAGCGAGAGGGUGAUACACGUGAAAUGAUGCAGAAAUUGUCCUCCUUUCCCCGGGUGACCCGGGUGACCCGCCCCCCCAACGACGACGCCAACGGCAUUCAAGGCGGGGAGUUCGGGAAAGACUUCUAUCGAAACUUCAUCUUGGGGAGCAAGAAAAUCGCGCAAGGGACGACCGGCAACGUGUACGAGGGCAAGAAGAAGUGCGAGAGCAAGAACGGCUGCCGCUACGCGAUUAAGAAAGUCGGGGGGUGGCAGCUUAAAAGGCCCCAAAAGGAGGACAUGCAUCGAGAGAUGCGUAUUCUCAAGGUUCUGGAACACAAGAACAUCGUCAAGGUAUUCCAGCUCUACACCACCCCCCGGGCGUACUUCAUGGUGCUCGAGUACCUGGGCGGAGGCGAGCUCUUGGGCAGGAUCGUCCGAAAGGAGAGCUACAGCGAGAGGGAUGCGAGAGAGGUGUGCAGGGUGCUAGUGGAUGCCAUCAGUCACGUCCACGAGAAGUCCAUCGUUCAUCGAGACCUGAAGCCGGGAAGCAUCCUGCUCGCCAGCCCGCAGGGAGACCAAGGCGCCCCCACCACCUCUAUCACCACCCCCCCCGCAACAGUCACCACCUCCCCCCCGCAGGUCACCAGCACUACCAAGGAGGAGGUCAGGGGCAACAUGAAGGUGACAACGACAACUACCACGACGAUCACCACCGUCGUCACGACCUCCCCAGUCCACGCCCCCGCCAGGGUAGCCGACAGCCUUAAGAUCACCGACUUCGGUGAGGCGCGCAGUGUUAGCGAAGGACCCAUCAAAUCCACCUGGGUCAAGAGUGAGUUCAGCGCGCCGGAGAUGCUGAUGCGAGAGGAACACGGCCCGCCGGUCGACAUGUGGAGCCUGGGCUUGAUCACCCACAUCCUCCUCAGCGGGAAUAACCCGUUCUUCCACGAGAAUGAGCAGCAGAUGUACUUGAGGAUAGCGAAGGGGUCCUGCGAGUUCAAGCCGGAGAUCUGGAGAAGCAUCUCGCCGAAGGCCAAGGACUUCGUUGCAAAGCUGCUGAAGGUGGACCCGGGGCAGCGGAUGACGGCGCAAGAGGCUAAGAAACACGAAUGGCUCCACGCUGCCGGGGAAAGCUUGGGGGGCGGCGACCUCCGUGGCAACCUGGAGGAGUACAAGCUCUUGGAUGCCAAGAGGAAGCUGCGGGCGUUGAUGAAGACGUUGAUGGCGACCAAGCGUUUGAUGGACAGCCUGGAGCCCGCCAAGCCGGACCUUUCGAAGUACGCCUUGGUGAAGAAGCUGGGCGAGGGGGCGUACGGGCAGGUCUUCCAGGCCACCCGCAUCGCCAGCGGCGACGCCGGUGCUACCGGCGUAGGGGCGGCCCCCCGCUAUAUCGCCGUAAAACGCAUACGGAAGGAGGGCCUGAGAACGAAAGAGAAAAGGGACAUCAUCAACGAGGUGGGUGGGUGUGUCUUAGGGGCAACGGUAGGCGGGCGGGGGGAAACCUGUUUUGUGGUUGGACGCCGGUUGUAG